AUGGAAGAAAACAUAACGUUUCUUUUAGAAAAUCUAAAUUUUUUUGAACUAUACAACUAUAUAGAUACCAAUCAAAGCGAAAUCGAUGAUAUUGCUAAAUGCAUACAUCAUAAUCACCUUUUUAUUAUGGCUAAAAUAUUAGAAAAAUGCAAUAAUGAAAAAACAAAUAUAAACUUAUUUAAUAAAAAUAUACUCAACGAAUUUGAAAAUGAAAUUAUAAAAAAGGACAAUCAACAAAUAGGUUUUUAUUUAAGAUUGUAUAUUUACCUUUUAUAUAAGGUUCUGCUUUUUUUCAAUCAAAUAUAUUACGAAAGAAGUAAAAAUAUAUGUGAAAUAUUUGUUAAUUUUUCGUUUAAACUUUUGAUUUUUUAUGAUGAUCAAACUUUUGUGUUAUCCAUCCUCAAGGACUUGAAUAAAAAAAUACGUACAGAAGGAAAUGACAUGUCGAGGAAUAAUAGUAGUAGUGAAAAAGAGGGUAAUCAAAAAUAUCACUCCAAAAAAAAUGUUCAUUCUUCCUUUCGAGAACUUGAAAAAAACAUUUUGGAUCUGUACUUUUUUGUUAACUUACCCAAUUAUAUAUUUUUAAAUUGCUAUUUAAUAUAUUUAUAUUAUAAUAUUCCAAUAGAAAAUAACCAUAGUUUAAGAGAAGAAAGAUUAAAUCAAAUCUAUUAUGUCUUGUGUAAAAUUAUUGAUAUUUUUGAAUCCCUUGAUGAUCAAAAUAAUGAAUAUAUUUCAAGCGACCAAAUGCUAUUAUUUUUAUCCAAACAGAAAGAAAACAUUCAAAGUCAAAAAUAUGAAAAGGAUUGGAUUGAAUUUGUCGAUGAAAAUAAAAAUAUUACGUUAAUUUACAAAAAAUCAAACACACCAUCCAUCUUAUAUAAAACGAUUGAUAUACCAUUUAAUACAAAUAUAUAUUUAUUAGAACAAAAUCAAUACUUACAAAAUUAUAAUAGUCAAAAUAUUAAUAUAAAUAAUUUUCUUUUGCUUCUUAAAAUUAUGUCCCCUUAUUUUUUUCUGUGGGUAUCUAAGAAAGCCGAAGGACAAGAAAAUGUAGAUCAAGAUUUUCAAAAAAUAUUUCAAAUCAAUCUACAAAAUGAAUUAUAUAAAUUUGAUUAUUAUUUUGUAUAUGAUAAUUUUAAAAGUUAUAACAUUAUUAAUGAAACUACUUCAUUAUUGUUUUUCUUUUUUUUUUUGUUGGAAAGCAUUUUCACAUCUCUAUCGAUUGGCAAAAUAAAUAACAUCAAAGACCAAACAAAUGAACACAAUUUGAUUAAAAAAUUACUAAAUAAUUAUAUUUCCUUUUUUAAAAGAAGACAUAAUUUGUCACGUCGAAAAAUGCACAAAUUAGUAAUGCAUAUUUUGAAAUGGGAAAAAACUGAUAUUUCUGAGCCAAAAAUAGAAGAAGUAUUUUUGAAUACACCGCAAAAAAAAAUAGGUACAAACAUAAUAGACACAAAAAGUUUAUUUCCUGAUUAUGAUAUACUAAUUAAAAAUACAGAAAAUAUUAUUACUAAAUUAAAAUGGUUAACAACAUGGGCAUAUAUAUCCUCUGACGAUGCCUACGAAUUAAAUUUUUUCCAUCUAUCCAAUUCGUUUAUUUUUAAUUAUAACAAUGAUAAUGGCUACAAAUUUACAAAUAUUCUAAAUGAAUAUUUAUAUAAAAAAUAUAAUUUUUUUGUCUAUAAUUCUAUGCUUUUUAAAAACACAUAUGAGCAUAAAACAUUGAAUUAUAAAUAUGUGGAUGCGUUUUCUAAUGCUAUUUCAAAAAUCAUUAUCUCGAUAAUUUAUACGAUAGUUGUUUUUUGUGACCCAAUUCAAACAACAAAAGAUGCCAUAACAAAAAAUCCCAAAACAAAAGAUGCCAUAACAAAAAAUCCCAAAACAAAAGAUGCCAUAACAAAAGAUGUCAUAACAAAAGAUGCCAUAACAAAAGAUGCCAAAACAAAAGAUACCAAAAUAAAAGAUAAAGAAACAGAACCUAUCCUUAAUGGAAAUUCUUUUGACUGGAACUUAUCCUAUUUAAACAAAUUUGAAAAGGAAGCUGAAAUGAAAUGGGUAGAAGAAAAUAUUAUACAUUUCACCAAAAAUAUAGAAUUUUCAGAAAAAUAUGAAUAUUUUUUUAGUGAUAUACUUUUUAUAUGCUUUAAAAUGAUAAACUUUCCCAAUGAAAAUAUUCAAAAAAAUUGUAUAUCUAUAAUUAAAAUUAUCGUAUCAAAAAUAAAUAUCGAAAAAAAUUCACAUAUUAAAUAUAUUAGUAAAAAAAUAGACGCAUUGAUUUCUUUCAUAUGUGAAGAUGAAGCUGCUAUUUCUGAAGAUAAUGACAAUGCUAUUCAAAAUGAAGCUAUAAAAAUAUAUAUAUUUAUAAAAUGUAAAAUUAAAAAAGAAAUAAAUAUAAAUUUAAUUGAAUCUUUGGAAAAAUUAAUAAAUACCUUAUCCUUAAAAAAAAAUAAUAAAACAUUAUGUUCUUCCAUUUGCAUAAAUAUAUUAGCCUCAUUUUAUUAUCAGCCACUGCUAGUACCAUUUUUAUUACACAAAUAUAUCAACAUAAUUUGUUAUUUAAUCGAAUCCAAUAAUAUAAGUAUUAUAAUAGAGGCCUUAAAAUGUAUAUAUAUUUUAUUUAAAAUAAAUAAGGAUCAUAUGAAAAUCUAUAGCUACGAUAUAGUAUAUAGAUUACAUUUAUUAUUUAAUGUUUUUCGAAAAAAUAAUCUAACAAAUUCUCAAAGCGAUCAAAUAAAAACAGAUAUCCCUAAUAACAUAACCAUAUUUUUAUCAAAUUUUUUUUUUAAUUAUACAGACAUUGAAAAAAAUAGGGACGAAGUAUUAUUACAGAUUAAACUUAUUCUACAUUGCAUUUAUACAUCAACGCCCCAAGACGAAUAUAAUACAAUGAUUAGUAUUUUCGCACACCAUCCAAAAGAGUUUAAAGAGCAUUCCGAACAUUUUCAAAUAUUUUCCAGAUUCGUGCGGGAGUAG